GCUAAUUGGGACACAUCGUUCGAACUUCAGAUAAAAUCGUGUUUUUUUUUUGCAUAGUUUCCUCGUUUUGUUACAUCAAUAUUUAUUUAUUUUUUAUCGUUAUAAUUAUUUUCUCAUAAAAAAAAAUAGUUGAACGAGUGAUGAAAAGAAGUGUUGAGAAGACAUUGGUAUUUCUAUAGAGUACGAAUCAUCGAACUGUAUAGAAAAUCAUGAGUUCAACACAGUACAAUGAUAUUCAAUUUCAAUUUAGAGAAAAUGGAACAAAUAUGGACGGGUCUUCAGAGAGUAUGGAGACAAACACACUUAAUUCAAUCAGUAAAGUCCUUGUACUUUAUACAGGAGGAACGAUAGGAAUGGUCCGUAACAAACAAAAUGUUCUGGCUACAGUAAAAGGAUGUCUAUGUGAAUUCAUCAAAAAAGAUCCUCAAACUCAUGAUCCUCAUUUCGCAUCAAAGUAUGAUUGGCUUAGCAGUGACGAAUCUGCUCUUGUACUACCAAAUAUUGAACAGUUAAAAAGGGUUACUUAUAAGAUUUGUGAAUAUGAUAGCCUUCUUGAUUCCAGUAACAUGGGAAUGAAGGAAUGGACUAUAAUCGCUAGAGAUAUUGAGAAAUUCUAUAAGGAUUUUGAUGGUUUUGUUGUUCUUCAUGGGACAGAUACAUUAGCCUACACAUCUUCAGCACUAUCAUUUAUGCUGGAAAAUCUUGGGAAACCUGUUAUAGUGACUGGUUCACAGGUUCCAAUAGUAGAAACUGUUACAGAUGGCAAAGAUAACUUCAUAUGCUCAGUAGCAAUUGCCGGUAACUAUCCUAUAUCUGAAGUUUGUGUAUUUUUUAAUCAUAACCUAUAUAGAGGGAAUCGAAUAACAAAAAUGAGCACAAAUACAUUUGAAGCAUUUCAAUCACAUAACUAUCCUCCAUUAGCUACAGUUGGGACUUCAUUUAAUGUGGAUCACAGAUUUACUUUAGCUUCUCAUAGUAUUGCAAAAUUUACAGUCCACCCAAUCAUGGAUGAAAAUGUUUCCUUAUUAAAAAUAUUUCCUGGAAUCGCUGCAAAUAUGGUAAAAUCAUUAUUGCAACCACCUGUUCGAGGUGUGGUUAUACAAUCAUUUGGUGCUGGAAACAUGCCUAAUACCAAAGAAGAAUUGAUAGAACAACUAAAAAGUGCUAUUUCUAAAGGAAUUAUAAUUGUAAAUGUUACACAAUGUUCUGCAGGAACUGUUUGCUAUUCAUAUGAGGCGGGACAGGUUUUUUAUGACAUUGGUGUUUUACCGGGAUAUGAUAUGACACCAGAAGCUGCAUUUACAAAACUUAGCUACGUCUUGUCAAGAGAUGAUUGGGACUUUGAAACAAAAAAGAAGCAAAUGACACAGAGCCUCCGUGGUGAGCUUUCCCAUAGUAGCAUUUCUUCAAUAAAAGAAAUUGAUCUAGUCACUGCUGUAUCAAAUACUUUAAAGCUUUCAUCACCAGAAGACCAAGAACAUCUAAAAAAGAUUUUGUUUCCAUCGAUGUCAAUGGACGCUGUCGUCAAAGAAAACUUGAAUAAGCUGAAAGAUCUUAAAGGAUGGGGUUGUGAUUUCAACAUAUGUAAUUCAGAUGGAAGAACUCCAUUGCACAUUGCUUGUCGUGUUGGGAAUAUCAAGAUAGUUGAAUUUCUGCUAACAAGCGGAUCAAAUGUUCAUAUAACAGAUAAAUUUGGAUCUGUUCCACUUGUUGAAGCAGUUCGUAAUGAUCAUAAAGAAAUAAUAAGAUUAAUGAGAAUUAGUGGAGCUCAGCUUAAUAUGGACCCAAGAGACCUAGGAAAUGUUUUGUGUCGGAUUGCAGCACAGGGAUUAGUUAAUAGGCUAAAAUCCUACUCUCUAGCUGGAGCUGAUCUAAAUGUUUCUAAUAUGGAUGAAAGAACUCCUCUCCAUGAGGCGUGUCUACAUGGCCAGCUACUUACUGUAAAAUAUUUAAUGCAUAAAAAUGUCGACCAAAACAAAAUUGAUUUCCUUGGGUACAGAGCCAUAGAUUUAGCAACUAGAUUUCAGCACAAAGACAUAAUUGCUGAACUAAGGAGAUUAUGAUUUUUAAUGACUGUAAAAUGAAAUGUUAUAAAGACUUUAAUAUAAAUGAAGUGUCUCUGUGAUUUUUACUGCUGUGAAAAUAUAUUUAAUAAUGUUUUAUGUACUUGUUCAUUUAAAAUUGAUAAAUUGUGAAUUUUUGU